AUGCCCUUCCCACAUUCCCAGUCAAUUCUGAACCUACAGUUUUUUCAGCACAACACCAAUGCCAACCAAUCUCCCUUUGAUGGCAGCAUCGACUGGAAUGACCCAGGAUUAUAUCAAUCUCUCCCAUCACUGUCUGAGCUGCUAAAUGAGUACCCCGACAUGCAAGAUGUAUUGUUACCUGCCAUACCUCAAAGCAAUGUGUCAGAUUUGUCUGGACAGACAAACACAUCUGGACAGACAAGUGUACCUCAAAGCAAUGUGUCAGAUGUGUCCCAUGCCAUUGAUACAUCUGAACAGACCCAGGAUGAGGUGGCAACUUGGAAUGACCGUGCAGGACAGAUAGACAAUAAUCAAGAAAGGCUACUUGAAUCUCACAUGGAGACUGGCACAUCUGAAAUCCCUGCUGAUGCAAACAACUCAUCAUGGGCUGCUAGGAACCCAAACCAGCCUGUUUUUAUGUCCCAGGCCUCACUCAACACUGUGCAGAAGGCACAAGCCAAUGUGUGGAGAGCUUCACGAAAAAUUUCAGCAGCACAAUGCAAGGAGAAUGAGAAUGCACUCACCAGUUCCAUCCAACGGUUACUUAGAGAGCAAAAUGACAAGAUUGAUGCCAUCACAUCCAAACAUGGCAUCACUCAAGAGAAGGUGAAGAAGCUUAUGGAAGGUGAAAAGUACUACAAAGGGAGCCAAAACAUGCAACUUUCCAAUGCAUUGAUACAUGCAAAAGCACAGGAAGUCAAUGCAGAUCAUCCUCAUGGGGCCAAGUAUUCACUAGAUGAGAUUUGGGAAAUGGUCAAGGCUGACAAGAGUAUGCAAAACCUAGACCGCAAUGAGCAGCAAGAAUAUAUCAACAAACUCAAGGAGUGCCAUGCCCUCCAGAAUAUGAGUGUUUGUGCAAUGAAUACUGCAGCAGCCAGAGAUGUCCAGUCAAUGUUAGAUAAUGUCUUUAAGAUGGCAAUGUGGUUUGGAACAGAUAACAUCAUGGACUUCUGGGAGGAUGUCCUUCAAAUGGAGGCUGAUGAAAUUACAUGGAAACUGGAACAAUGGGCAUGUAUAGCAGGUCGAAACCUCAAUGAAUGGACUCUAGCUAAGAGGCAUGACAUCCACAUCAAUUAUAUGAAUUUCGAUAUUGCCAUGAAAGAGAAACUUGGGAUUGAUCUUAAAGGCUGGCCUGAGGGUUUGCCAUUCCAGUCCUCCACCAGCAUAAACAACCUCGAUGCCAUAUUGAAGCUCCAUGACACACUGAAAGAUGGAUCCUGCCAUUGGUUCCAUAUGUCCCCCUGCCAAUGGGAGGAGUACAGCACCCAACUCACAGUGCAAGAAGCAUGCUGA